UCAAUUACCCCACAUACCCCGAUAUUUCACUAGUAAAAUGCAUCACCAACAGGGUCAACGACUCAAAUGUGAGGAUAACAACAUUAGUAUCCGUGUGGUAACAGGUGGAAUCAAGGGAUGUGGGAAUUGCGUCAUUAUUAAUUGUUCACGUACGAGCUUUCUCUUCAACUGUUGUGAAGAAUUUCAACGUACUGGCCUCAUAAAAGGUAUCAAAAUGAAGGAAGAUUGGCAAUGUGUUUAUAACUCACAGUCAUUGGAACAACAUCGGAGGUUUGAUAGCAUUGUACGUGGAGCAGAAUGAUAAAAACAUACCUGAAUUAAAUCUGCAUGGACCUCCAGGUGUUGAGCAGAUUCUGAGAGUUGGAGAAGAAUUUAAUCCCAUUAUGAAGCGGGAUCUCAAAUUAAAUGUUAUGAAUAUUGAAGAUGAACCAUUCAAGGAGGAUGUAAUCACUGUGCAUCAGAUACCUAUAUACAGUCAACUAGCAGCUGCACAGGACACAGAGCAAACUGGGGAGCCAGACCCUGAAAGGCUGAAAGUAGGUGACAAAAAACAGGACAUGUCAGUUGCCUAUGUGUGUAAGUUUCACCCAGAACCAAGAAGAAUUGAUGUCAAUAAGGUGGCUGCUUUGGAUAUCCCAUUACAGACAUCUAGCGCUGUAUUAAGGACAUUAUGCCAGGGUGAAACAGUAACUCUGGAAGAUGGCAGAGUGAUAUGCCCUGAUGAUAUUCUCAAAAAAGCUGUCAUAUGGAGACCAAUUAUAGUAAUUGAUUGUCCAACAGAAGGAUUUUUGGAAUCUUUGCUGAAAAACCAAGAGUUUCAUCAGUAUCAGAAUGGAGGGAAUCCAGAAAACACUGCAGAACUCAUAAUUCAUUUCACACCUAUGCAGAUUUUUAGAGACCCACGGUACCAGGAAUGGAUUCAAAGGUUUAGUCCAGAUACUAAGAAUUUAUACUUUGAUGAAGAAGAGUCUAUAUCAUGUGCCUUUCCUGUGGUAUAUGCACAUCAGGCUUUAUUAAAUAAAUUGGAUGAUGAUGUUUUUCCUCUGCUUGCCAACCAUCGGCAUUUUAUGGAACUCAAACUACCAACAGACCCAGAAUUCAAUGAGAAUUUUGUAAAAGCCACAACCGACUUGGUUUAUACCUACAGACCUGCUGAAAAGAAGGGAUUUAAGAUAAUGAAUGAUUCUAAAAAUACUACCAAUGGUGAAGUUUGGAUAAGUUCUGAAGCCGAGAAAGUUCUAAAGGAAGUAAAAAAGAAAACAGCAACAUUUAAAAAAGGAAUCACAGAAAAGAAAGAAUUCCCAGAAAUUAUUUUUCUUGGAACAGGAGCCUCGCGACCAAAUUUGCGGAGAAAUGUCAGCAGCAUUUUAGUGCAUCUUAGUUCUGAUGAAAGCAUCCUGUUAGAUUGUGGAGAGGGAACUUAUGCGCAACUUGUCCGUUUCUAUGGUGAUAAAGUAGUAGAUGUCAUGGCAAAACUGAAGGCUAUCUACAUAUCACAUUUGCAUAUAGACCAUCACAUGGGUGUUUGUACAGUACUCCUUCAACGCAGAAAUCUUCUUCAGAGGUUAGGGCUGGAAGUAGAGCCUGUAAUGUUGAUUGCAGGAAGAUUUAUGAGUCCUUGGAUCCAGACAAUUGGGGAAGAUUUUAUAGAAGACAUAAACAGUUUAUUUGAGCUGUUUUCCACAAAUGACUUCAUGCCAGACAAGUAUUGGGUUUCAAACCGACAGCGUGUAAGAAAACAAUUAGUUCAAAGACAUGUCACAAAUACACUUGGGCUUACAGAG